UUUACCCCUACCCCAGUCCUUCAACGAAUGCCUUCACAAUCUCCCUCUCGCAAAUCAACUUCGGAAGGUACAAAAAUCGAUGCUCUUGCGAUUGCGAAAGCUCAAAAUUCUUGCUUAACAUGAUGGCACCCUUUUAGCGAUUUCCUUGUUUUUAACUUCAUCACACUCACUAAGCUGGCUUUUCCUCGAUCUGAUGAGAACUGAAGCACGGGUGUUUACAUGUGUAUUGUACCCGCCAUUAAGACGGAGUUUCUGCUCUUUUUUUCUCGGAGUGCAUUCCCUCCGUGCAGUGACGUGCAUCCCUGGGUAAAUCGAAGUGGUGCGAACCGCCUGUCUUCCUCGAUACAAGUACCAAUUUGCUAGAUUACUACCCCGGUGUUAUUACGCAUAAGUGGUUGCCUCAACUUGACCACGCUGUUUUUGUCAUUUUGGUAAUGGCUCAAUAUUGCAAACGGUUCUCUUGGGUUGUCGCAAAUGCCCAACGUUUCUGCGAGAACUCACGACCAGGGAAAUCCACGGGUCAGGGUUAAAGUAAAGAUGUCUCUCAAAAAACUCACAAAAGACUCUCUUCUUUGUUUUUUCUUGCAAUGUUUUAAUAAGAUUUACACUUUUGCCGAAAUUUCAUGGAAUUUAGAACCACUCGCUGUCUUGAAAACGGUCAUUUUGGACUCGCAGUUAACCAAAAUUUCUGGGGUUCCAUUGAUCUGUCAUCAAAAUUGUUGAGAAAAGUGAUCACUCGCUGACGUCAGAAAAAUGAUUGUGGUUACAAAACACCUUCUUGGGCGGAUCUAUCUUUCAGGAAACGGGGGUGAUGUGCGUACUGAAGCAUCAUGCACCGUUCCCUGAUGAAAAGAAAACUUAACUAUAGAUGGAUUGAUGGACGGCGCAAUCCUCGUCCAAGAUUUUUUUCGUGGUACUCAUUUCCCGUCAUUUCACUGGUAUUUCCAUUUAGUUCGCGGCUGAACCGGGGGGGGGAUGGAACUUGCACCCCAACCCUCUUCUGACCUUGUCCUAUUUGGCUGAGACCGUGCUGAAGCAAACGCAGGAACUUUGGUUCCUUCCAGGUCUUAAAACGAAACUAAUUUCUCAGCCGUGAUGUGAAGGAGUGUAGGAAUAUCCAUAGUAGCUGUCCAAAGCUCCAAAUACACGUCAUUUAUAAGGCAAGUUAACAGAAGGUCACCCGAAUAUAACACUUGUUUAAUCUUUUUUAUUUACUUUUUUUCAAUUUUAUUUAUCUUGUCAAGUCAGCAGGUGACUUAUUUUGGAAAAAUAACUAAUUAUUAUUACUUGUGUCAAAGUACUGACUAAAGUACGUGUACUGACGUUAGAAGGCAGACACCGUUUCGAUAUUGACGCAGGUUUGAUAUUGUUGCUGAGGCGUUGCUUAUGAUGACCAGUGCCGUACGAAGGGAAUCUUUAGCAACCGUCCGUGAGAUUUAACAGGUUUCAUCAAGCAUGUCAUUGUGACGCGGCCGAUCAUAGCGGCAAUUCGAUCCCAGCGGGUGUAGCAAAUUGCCGUUGCCAUGGCAAUGAAGUGGGACAGGAGAUGCUUCCAAAGCCAACAAGUCUCUGUGUGUAUUUUUUCAGUACUCUAGUUUUUACAGAACCCAACGACUGUUUGUGAUUAACUGUGAGAUAUAUUCUCUGCGUUUUUAGAAAACAACCCGGUAGCCAUGGGUCCUGAAAGAAAAAUUCGGUUAACCUUUUAAUUACGAUGACUGCACAACACGUACGGGAAACCAUGGCAAACGGGUCAUUGAAAGGGGAAUAGGCCUAUUACUGGGCCAAGCUUGCAGAAAGUUCAGACAAGUUGCACCAGGAGCAUUGGCAGGACAACGCCCCGAGCUUGAGGCCUGCACCCCGUUCUCGCUACAGAAUCGGAGAAGGAAAAAAUGUAUCGACGGUCAGUAUUUUAACUGUGACCGAACCCAUCGAGUGUACCCUCUAGAAAAUGAGGCCCUCCGUGCCCCUUGCAAAAUGUAGAUAUACACCCAGUUACGCCAUGACCAGAGGACCGAAACACGUGGAAAAAUUAUAAGGUUCAUGUAUCGGAUGCAGAAAAGGGGGAUGUGUAAGAGUUCGACGGGGGGUUCAUUUCAGUACCAAACAGGGCAGACCUACCUCGUACUGUUUGGUACUGAAUGAGCAACGCCAAUUUUUAAGGACGAAUCAAGAUUGCUCCGGAAGUCAGAUAGCCGCAAGCCAUUUCUGUCUCUAACGUUUUAACUUGACUGUAUCCUAUACCCCACGCUUGGUAGAAUGAUCUCUUUUAAAACUCAUACAUAGAACAGUAGUUGUUGGAAAACCGCCCUUGGGGCGCAGGGUAAAAAAAUCGAUUUCCUAUUGUCUUCUCUCAUGCGCCCCAUCCAAGCAAUAUUAGUUUUUUUGGCCUGUUGUCGACAGUGCGCACUAAUUGCAAGACAUCGAUCACGCAACCGGACGAGUAUCGCUCAAAAUUAGCAAGACGGCAUAUCGCCAACUUCGAGCUUCGUUUGAUUUGUGGUUUUUUCAUGUCUGCCCGAAAUCGCUUCGCUUACGUUUGAAAAAUUGACGAGUGAUGAGAUGUUUCUGCAUUGCCUGUUGCUAAUUGUGUUCCUACCUGGAUGUUUUGUAGGAGCUGCCACAUUGGAGGGAUGCUUCAGUGUCAACAAGACCAGCAGUGAGUUCUUCAUCUCACCGGGCGGUUAUGAUCCCAGCUCCCUGGAUCAUGAUACUUGCAUACAGGCCUGUGCCUACCAAGAAUACAGCUAUGCUGCACUACGGGCUGGCCAGAUCUGCCUGUGCUCAGACACCAACUAUUCCCCGGCGGCGCGUGAGGCGGACGACACCCUGUGCAGCACCCUCUGCACAGGGGAUGCCCUUGCCAAAUGCGGCCACAACGAUUAUGCCCUGGUCUACAGCAUCGCAGAUACCCGGGCUGCGAUCCAACUGGACGACGCCGUCGCAUAUGUGGUGGGUCUCGGUAGCCCUGUUCUCACUAGCAGUGCCUCGGGAUCAAACUUGAAGUACACAUAUGACUUUGGGGACGGGACGGCGGCAUCGGCACAUAACAGUCACACGUACACUGCACCAGGUGACUACAUCGUGUCCGUCAUUGUACGCAAUGAUGUUUCAGUUGACUUUGACGCCUUCCAUCACAGCGUGACCACAGCCGUGUCGGGAGCCACUGUUACUUGCCCAGAUGGAGCCGGUGUGUCCCAAGAAUUUGAAUGCGUUGUGGAGAUUCUCCAUGGCAAUAACCUCUCUGUGACCCCGACCUUUGGCUCCGGUGCCGAGGCCGUCAUGGGGCCGGCAAUACCUGCAGGAAUGCCAACAUAUUUCUACUUCGGCCAUGUCUCGCAAGAUCCAACCCUUUUGCUGUCCAGCAGUGACAUCCACGGCACGUCGCCAAUCUUCUGGGUCUUUCCAGGCUUGGAAAUACUGCAGAAGUCCAAGCUCGUUGCAAUUGAGGCAGCCAUUGCUAGUGUUGGAGAUGGCACCCUUCAUUUUGUGGUCUAUAAGCCGGUGUGCGCCUCGCCCAGCGACGUCUACUGCCCGUUGGACAAUGUCUGCAUGGCUGCCAGCUCCUGCAGUUACGACUUCACACUGACGACCCAGCCGACCCAACAGGACACUUGCACAGCCAUCAAUGAAAUUUUCUGCUCGUCCAAUACCCGCUGCAUGAAUAGCAUCCACAUCGACACCUGCCCAUCUAAGCCAGCACGCUAUGAGACCAACCCACUGGUGAACCCAAGAGCCGAAUACGAAAUUGUAGAGGUCUGGAGGUGGAGGUUGACACGGACGUGUUGAACGUGGGAGGAACAGUCAGAGUCUUUGCUAAGAUCUCAGGUGGGGCCAUGGUGAAUUACACCUGGGACUGGGGAGAUGGCACU